AUGGGCAUCAAGCAGCUCUUCCAGAUCAUCAAGGAUGAGGCGCCCGAGGCGAUCAAGGAGGGCGACAUCAAGAACCAGUUUGGCCGCAAGGUCGCCAUUGAUGCGUCCAUGAGCAUCUACAGCUUCCUCAUCGCGGUGCGGUCCGACGGCCAGCAGCUCAUGAACGACAGCGGCGAGACGACGUCGCACCUGAUGGGCAUGUUCUACCGCACGCUGCGCAUGGUGGACAACGGCAUCAAGCCGCUCUACGUGUUUGACGGGGCCCCGCCCAAGCUCAAGUCGGGCGAGCUGGCGAAGCGGUUCCAGCGCAAGCAAGAGGCCACCGAGGGCCUCGAGGAGGCCAAGGAGACGGGCACGGCCGAGGACGUGGAGAAGUUUUCGCGACGCACGGUGCGGGUGACACGCGAGCACAACGCCGAGUGCCAGCGGCUGCUGAAGCUCAUGGGCGUGCCGUACAUUGUGGCGCCGACCGAGGCCGAGGCGCAGUGCGCGGUGCUGGCCCAGGCCGGCAAGGUGUACGCGGCGGCCAGCGAGGACAUGGAUACACUGUGCUUCAACUCGCCUAUCCUGCUGCGCCACCUGACGUUUAGCGAGCAGCGCAAGGAGCCGAUCCAGGAGAUUCGGCUGGACAAGGUCCUCGAGGGCCUCAACAUGGAGCGCAAGCAGUUUGUGGACCUCUGCAUCCUGCUCGGCUGCGACUACCUCGACCCGAUCCCCAAGAUUGGCCCGACGACGGCGCUCAAGCUCAUACGCGAACACGGGACGCUCGAAAAGGUGGUCGAGGCCAUCGAGAAGGACUCGAAGAAGAAGUUUACGCUGCCAGACGACUGGCCGUACAAGGACGCGCGGGACCUCUUCUUCGAGCCCGACGUGCGCAAGGCGGACGACCCGCUGUGCGACUUCAAGUGGGACAAGCCCGACAUCGAGGGCCUGGUGACGUUCCUGGUGACGGAGAAGGGCUUCUCGGAGGACCGGGUGAGGAGCGGCGGGGCGCGGCUGGAGAAGCAGCUCAAGAGCUCGCAGCAGGCGCGGCUCGAGGGUUUCUUCAAGCCGGUGCCCAAGUCGGACGCGGAGAAGGCGGCGCACAAGCGCAAGCUCGAGGAGAAGAACGAGGAGAAGAAGAAGAAGCUCAAGCAGGACAAGAAGGAAAAGGCGGCGGCCAAGGCGAAGCCGCGGGCUGGCGGGGCGUAA